AUGUCGGUGGCAUCGCUAGUUCCUGCGAACAGCCAGAGAAGCAGAGCGACGGCUGUGAAGUCCUUCGAAGACUUCCUUGCGAAGAAGGAGGUGACGCUCACAGAAGUGCAUGAUCGUAUUUCUAAGGACAGCACAGAUAUAAAGACUAUCAUCUCGGCUCUCUACAUGCACGCUUCCGCCAACUCCGACUACCUGGAUGCGGCGCUAGUGGCGUUGAUGUGGUACCUCUACGGUCGUGGUUCUGAGGCUGAGCAAUUGGAGAAAGCCCAGCUGUGUGUAUACCCCGGCGGUGUGAUAUUUCUCCGCUUUAAGCGUAUGAAGACUGCUUCGCAACAGGGAAUAUCCCUGUUUAAGGAUCCUAACGAUCCCUUCACGUGCCCGUUACACGUGCUAGCUGUCGCUCUCGCCCUUCAACCCGCUCCAGGAACUCGCAUCUUCCCGCAAUUUGCUGCCGUACCUGCGCUGUCCGCGUCCGACGACCAAGACGACGAUGGCGAGCUGGGGCUGAUUGCGCAGCUAGACCGCGAGCUUGCGGAAGCACCUACAUGCAAGACUCCACAGCCAUGUCGAGCCAACUCGGCCCCUGGUGCCCAAGCUUAUAUCACUAGACUAUUAGUCACGGUUAGUGGGCUGCCAACAGCAAAGGAGAGUGGACUCACGAAGGGACUUACCUCGCACUCCUUCAGAAGAGGUGGAGCCAAGCACGCCAACGCCGACAGUCGCAUUAGCCCGAACUGGGUUGUUGAACGCGGGGGCUGGAAUAUGUCGCGCGUGAGCAAGGCGUUUUCCUACAUGCUGAACACAACACACGAAGAUCAACAAAAGCUGCAGAAUCUCCUCUUCGCUGCUGUCACUGGUUUCUCGACAGUGUCUUGGAACUUGGAUCCUCAGGUGCUCGAAGUGUUGAUGGCGACCUUGAUCCUUCACUUCCCCGAGAUGGAACGUCAUCGCUUGGAUAGCCUGUACGCCCGUCGCAUUCAUGAAGCCCUUGGUGUCCUCAACAUACAGGCCUCCGAGCUGUUGGCAUGGUCGAUCACCCUCCGAGCUGCAUUCAAUCCAUCUGCAGAAGAGAAACAAGAAACAGUGGCCGAGUCCUCUCAAAACAUGUUCCGUGUUCUCGAAAAGCUGUCGCAGCAGCUCAACGAGCUAUUGCUCCGCCAAACACGCGUAGAGGAAAGGCUGGCUGUUUUGGGGGCGAACGCAGAAUUUAUUGACAAGAAAACAAACACUACCGAGCAGCAGCACGAAGACGUUGAGCAGUCGCAGCCAAAGCGCGCGCGCAAACGUGCCUCCAAAGCGCUAUCAACAGUGUGGUUCGAGUGGUUCACUGCUGUACCACGCAUGUACGAAUCAACAACAGUUAGCAAAGCCAUCCUUCACGAGUCACGACACGCUGUUGCGUUCAUGAUGCUCUGCUUACCUUCUGGGUUCAAGCUGGACCCGGCCUCGCCAGCGUACAAGGCGGAGGUCCACGCUGUUGGAGUCGAAGCCGAGAAGAAGACGCUUGAAUACUUGGCUGCACAAGGCUCACAGGCUGUAGCCGUUGGCUCGGUCGUCAAAGCCAUGCGUGCGCUUCACAAUGCAGACCACCUUUCCGUCCUCCUUGACCAGUUUCGCGAGCGCUACUAUGAAGGCGAAGUCGUCGACCCGACACCCAAUUCCGCCCUUCCGCCAUUCCUGCGCUUCACCUAA